AUACACAAAAAUAUAAAGAUAAGUGAAAAGAAAAAAAAAAAAGAAAACAGAAAAGUGAUAGAAGAGAGAAGGAAUCGAGUCUAGUCUGGUGAGCCUACUAGUAAUUGAGUUGUCUGGUACUGAAGUGAAAAGUGAAGUGAUUGCAUUUCCAGGCAGCCGAGGAGGAAGGAAGGAAGGACGGACGGAAAUCCAGUCGGCGGAGGCGGCGGCGGCGGCGGCGGAUUGAUUGUGCUCAUAACCUGUUCAAUUUUCUCAGGAACCCUCACGUUGAAUCACUAAGUCAAGAAUGAAUCAACAGAAAAUCAAGCGUCGGGUUGGUAAAUACGAGAUUGGAAGGACAAUCGGUGAGGGUACAUUUGCAAAAGUCAAGUUUGCUAGAAAUUCUGAGACUGGGGAGCCUGUGGCUCUCAAAAUUCUUGACAAAGAGAAGGUUCUGAAACACAAGAUGGCAGAACAGAUCAAGCGGGAAAUAGAAACAAUGAAGCUGAUUAAGCAUCCAAAUGUUGUUCAGUUGUAUGAGGUAAUGGGGAGUAAGACAAAGAUAUUUAUAGUUAUGGAGUUCGUAACUGGAGGGGAGCUCUUUGACAAAAUUGUAAACAAUGGACGAAUGAAAGAAGAUGAAGCACGGAGAUAUUUUCAACAGCUUAUUAAUGCAGUUGAUUACUGCCAUAGCAGAGGCGUCUAUCAUAGAGAUCUCAAGCCAGAAAAUUUGCUAUUGGAUGCAUAUGGGAACCUUAAAGUUUCUGAUUUCGGAUUGAGCGCACUAUCCCAACAAGUCAGGGAUGAUGGGUUACUUCACACUACCUGUGGAACUCCAAAUUAUGUUGCUCCUGAGGUCCUUAACGAUAGAGGCUAUGAUGGGGCAACUGCGGACUUGUGGUCAUGUGGAGUGAUACUCUUUGUAUUGCUUGCAGGUUACUUGCCUUUUGAUGAUUCAAAUCUUCUGAACCUGUAUAAAAAAAUCUCGGCAGCUGAGUUUACUUGUCCCCCGUGGCUCUCUUUUGGUGCCAUGAAAUUAAUAGCUCGAAUUUUGGAUCCUAACCCUAUGACUGUAAGUGGUUUAUGCGCAUUCUGUUGAUUUACACAUGGUGGUGAUUCAUAUUCAUUUUAAAACAUAAUGUUAGAUGGAAUAUAAAAAGUGAGAUGCGAUGAGAAGGUCAAAACUAAUUGUCAUGGUGCUUAAGAGGGUCAUACAAUAUAGUGUUGCGUACUUCAUGUAUAAUUUUGCCAUAUAUUUAAUGUGCGGUGAUUCGUAAAAUUAAGAUGGCCAUUAUCCAUUGUGGGUAGAAGCAUCAAUGUUAUGCAAAACUAUUGUGGAUAUCGCGUUUAAAGUCUUCUUCAAUUGGGAAAACCAGUCCCAUGGGGCUGCAACAACAAUCUUUCAUUAUAUCAAUGAGUACAACUGAAUAAUCUUGCUAAGUCUCUAGAAUUAAGAACUCGAUGAAAAAAAAAUCUAAAAGAAUAAGAAUAUGAAAUACAUUCUUCUCUUUUCUGUUCUGUUGCUCACACAUUGCCCUUUUAAUAUUCUCACUCUAACUCUAGAGUGGUAUACAACUUAUUGUUUUGCUCCAAUUCAAAAAUAGUGCAAUAGCUCCUUUAUAGACAUAAUAAAGGUCUUCUUCAAUAAUGAUUACUAAUCCUAAUUGAAUCUAGUUAUCAAUCCUUCUCCAAUUGAGAAACCAACUCCAAUUGGGAAAACCAAUCCAAUUGGGAAAAGAAAACAAUUUAACCCUCUAAGACAAUAAUUCCUCAUAGACUUUGGACAACUUGUCAUGGGCUGGAAAAAUCCAACAAAAACUUCAUAUGGGACAAAAAGAACCACAGUUGCGACAUAAGCACAAUUUAAUAUUAGUUGAAUACAAGAUAAAAGGGUUAACCAAAGUUCCACCUAAAACUGCUAUGUGUAUAGUGCAUUAAAAAAUUUGGAAGGAACCUGCCGAAGAUAUGUGAGGUAGCAAAGUCUAUACUUACUAAUUUAGUUAGCAUUGACAAACUUCCCCGGGUUUGCACACAUUGAACAAAACUGCCUUGUUGACAUUUUUACUAGCAUAUGACAAUAACAUAACAGCUGACGUUCUUAUGCUUUGACAAGUUAAUAUGUUGUAGCUUAUGGGAUAAUGAGGUCAAUGCUGUGAAUUGUUAAUUCGCCACUAAAUGUUUUCUAUUUUCAUUGUCUGAUUUCUCUCUCCGGGUCAGUAACAUCAUUUGAAAGUGUUUUGCGAUUGUUAUCGUAAAUAAAGUUAUAGUUAGAUGAUUUUAGUCUGCAUAGGCCCUGCUUGAGUGGGAAAUGGUGGACCCUAUCUGGUUUUCUUCAGGUUUUCCUAGAGCUACCCAUAGAGCAUUUCAACAGUUGGAACUACUCAAAAUGUACGACAAAGACACUAAACAAAGAACUUUCAAGGUGUCAUUUUAAAGUUCUCUCAAAUGUAUUACAUCUAGUCAUUUUGAAGUCCCUCUUAACAAAUUUUUGUAGAGCAUUCCUACCAACCUUAACCUUAGGUCCGAUGGAAUUUAGAAGUUCCUCAUCCAAACAUGUCAUUAAAGAAUUCCAGAUAAUUUUAUCUUUUAUGUAUUAGAUGUUUAUACUGGUGAGGCAUGAUAAAAAGCAAAACGAAGAUUGCUGAGGUAGUGCUCAAAGCAGGACAAGGUUUUUCUUCAUAAUUCAUAGGCAUCAAACUGCUUGUUUGAGUAUAUUGAGCAUGUAUAUGACCACAUGCUGCUAAUUCUUUCCCGACUUCUUUUUUCUUGACAAGAAAAGUGUCUGCUUCGUGGCACUCUUCAAGUGAUUUCCAGAACACUGAAUUCAUCACAGACCAAUUCUUUGUAUUGAAUUGCCUUGACUAUGCUCUUACGACCCAAUAUUUAGUUGGUGACUAUGAUUUCGUUUGUUACAUGGCAGCGUGUCACUAUUGCUGAAAUUUUGGAA